CAGCCAUUCAUCAUGCCCAUUGGAAUCCUUCACCAGGGCUUCACCGAGGGCUUGGACUCGAUACCGUAUGGCUGGUCCAUAAUCAAGGUAGCCUCCGUCGUUGGAGUGCUCUACCUACUCAAAUGGUUCUUCAAUGGCGCCUCCAACACGUCAGAGCGGAACAUGCAUUCCAAGGUGGUCAUGGUCACGGGUGGUACAGCUGGAAUAGGUGCCGAGGUCGUCAAGGGGCUUGCUACACGCGGUGCACAAAUCAUUCUUUUGGUCCAGCAGCCCCUCUCCGACCCCUUCCUCGUCGAUUACAUCGAAGACCUGCGCGAACAGACGGGCAACGAGCUCAUCACCGCCGAACACGUCGACCUCACAUCGCUGCACAGCAUACGUCUCUUCGCCACGAAAUGGGUCGACAAUGCCCCGCCGCGCCGCCUCGACACAAUCAUUCUAUGCGCAAAUACAAUGACGCCAAUGGGUGGCAAGGCAGCCAUCACUGAAGACGGACUCGAGUCGACCUGGGGUCUGAACUACAUGGCCAACUUCCACCUCCUCAGCAUCCUCAGCCCGGCCCUCCGAGCCCAGCCGCCUGAUCGGGACGUGCGCAUCAUCUUCGGUACAUGCAGCGCAUACCUGGCCGGCAAGAUGCCAGACUUCGACGCCAAGCCAGCUUCGAAGAAAGGCCAGGGCGAGGCUGGACAGAUCGAGUUCGAGGCUAGCGGUGUCUACGCCACAUCAAAGCUUGCCCUAAUGACGUUCGCAGUCGCCUUCCAGAAGCACUUGAACGCGUACGUCCGCCCGGACAAGAAGCCCAUGAACGCCCGCGUCAUCAUGGUCGAUCCGGGCUGGACUCGCACGCCCGGAAUGCGGCGCCACCUCACCCUGGGUACCCUGUGGGGCCUCGCACUCUACCUCCUCAUGUGGCCGAUGUGGUGGCUAGUGCUGAAGAGCGCCGAUCAAGGCGCUCAGACCUUCCUGCAUGCGGUGAUGGAAGCCGAGUGGGGCCGCGGCGAGGGCGGCUUCUUCCUCAAAGAGUGCAGGAAGGUCGCCUGGACACGCACCGAGAUCAGCGACGAGGACCUGCAGAAGAAGCUGUGGACCAGCAGCGAGAAAACGAUCGAGUUGCUGGAGAAGGAGGGCGCGAAGCGUAGGGCGGUCGAGAAAAAGGAGAGCGAGAAGCAGGAGAAGAAAGGAGCCAAGACGACGGUGAAGGAAGCGAGCAGCGAGGCGAAGCAGAGGAGGGGGAAGUGAGCGCUUGCGGACUCCGAUAAAAGCAACAUUCGACUGCAAUAACACAGUACAUCUGUAGCAUACACAUUUAUAACGAACCCAAACGACUACCCAACAGCCACGUUUGGUGGCUGCAAUGGCAGCAGUCAGCACCACGUCUCAGUCUUGGCGGGGUACAAUAAUUGGGGCGAUCGGACCCUGGGCCGCUCCCACCUUAGACAGUAUCCCAACAUCGGAAGCGUGAGAGAAGUGCCAAAAAGUUGAAAAUAUAAGUAUACUACCCUUCAGCAUUGUAUAUAAACCACACCUGGUCGCUUAGCUCAGUUGGUUAGAGCGUGGUGCUAAUAGUAUACCUUGAUACGCCAAGGUCGCGAGUUCGACCCUCGUAGUGAC